GCGGAACCGCCCGAAUCCAACGACGUCGCGCUGGGCGCCGCGGUGGCCAACGCGCCGAACCCCGCGGGCGCCGCGGCGGUGGACCCCCCCGCCGCCCUGGCGGAGCGGGCGCCAGAGGCGGAGCCGCCCACCUCCGACGACGCCGCGCCGGGCGCCGCGGCAGCGGAGCCCUCCACCGCGCCAGCGGAGCGGGUGCCGGAGGCGGAGCCGCCCGCCUCCGACGACGCCGCGCCGGGCGUCGCGGCAGCGGAGCCCCCCGCCGCGCCAGCGGAGCGGGCGCCGGAG